UGUAUGCAUACGAGAUUUUAUUAGCUGAAUAAAAAACAUUUUUAUGUUUAUAUUAAUAAAACCCCAAUAAUCAUGAGUCACUCUAUGAGCAGUCCAAAGAAUAUCCAAUUAAUUUUCGAAACGUAUCAAAAAUCCAGAGUGGCGUUCGUCCAAGCCAUGGCAGAGCUGGCGACGAGGGCGACCAACGUUAAAUGUUUGGAAAGCGUCGGGGUAUUAGAACUUCUACGGCCGCUGCUCUCAGACCCGUGCAGCACGGUGCGGCAAUGCACGGUGGUAGCGGUGGCGAGGCUGGCCGAACACGACGAGGGCGUGGCGCGGCAACUACUCGCGACCGGCAUGGUUACCAUCGUGUUAGAAAACCUCAACAAGUACAACGUAUUCUACAAAAGAUCUGCACUAUACCUUAUGCGGGCUGUUGCAAAGCACAACGAGGAACUUGCUUCGUCCAUUGUUCGACUCGGAGCUCUCGAGCACAUCGUAUCGUGUCUUGAUGACUUUGACACCCAGGUGAAAGAAAACGCGGCUUGGGCUUUGGGCUACAUCGGUAAACACAAUGAAGUUCUAGCGGGCAUGGUGGCGGACGCGGGCACGCUCCCACUCCUGGUGCUAGCCUUUCAGGAGCCCGAGAUAAGUCUCAAACAGAUCACAGCAGGUGCCUUGGUAGAUUUGGCGCAGCAUAAACCAGAGGCAGUUGUGAACGCGGGGGCCAUUUGUCACCUGGUGCGAGCAUUGGAGAACCAGGACCCAAAGUUGAAACGCAGCACGUUAUGCGCGCUCGGCGCGGUGGCAAGCGCGCGAGCCGAGCUAGCCGAGGCGGUGGUGGCCGGAGGCGCUUUACCACCUGCCCUCCUACACGCCGGCCACGACGCCGCGCCCGUGCGCCGCGCCGCCGCCUGCCUCAUCCGGGACAUCGUCAAGCAGUCGGUUGAUUUAGCCCAGCUAGUGGUGAACACAGGCGGCUGCGGGCCGCUGGCGGAGCUGUUGAGCGAGAGCACGGGCGGCGUGCGAGUGCCGGCGUGCAUGGCGCUCGGCUACAUCGCCGGCCAGUCCGACCAGCUCGCUAUGGCUGUCAUCGAGGCCAAGGCUAUCGCCGUAUUAGUGACGAUCCUUCAGAACACGGAGGGCGAGGACGCGGAGCUGUGCGCCGCGGCGUGGACGCUGGGCCACAUCGCGAAGCAUUCGCCACAGCACAGCCUGGCCGUCGCUGUGGCUAAUGCUCUACCUAGGCUGUUGCAGCUAUACACAAAUCCGAAGUCAUCAGCCGAAGUGCAUGCCAGGACCUCCUGUGCCCUAAAACAGGCUCUUCAAUGCUGUCUGCAUCGCCCUGCGCUGGAGCCUUUACUGCACGCUGCACCCGCUUGCAUUCUCAAAUAUGUCCUUGCACAGUAUGCUAAGAUAUUGCCGAAUGACGCAAGAGCAAGGAGACUUUUUGUAACAACUGGUGCAUUGAAGAGAAUACAAGAGAUAGAUACCGUUCCAGGGACAUCUCUAAAAGAAUACAUUAACAUAAUAAAUAGUUGCUUCCCUGAAGAAAUAGUCAGAUAUUACACACCAGGAUUCUCAGAUUCAUUACUUGAGAGAGUAGAAGCAUUUACGCCUCAGAUACCGGAACUAUUUACAGACAGGGUGCCUAGUGAUUGCCAGAGUGAAUUAACAGUAGAAAAUGCAAAUUAAACAGUAUUUAUUGAUCAAUUAUGUUAUAUUUUAUUCAAUAAAAGUUAUUUUAAUUCGA